GUAUCAAUUGCAUGAAUCCAUUUCGUGCGAUGGCGAGCAUUUCGGUAUAGUGACUGGUCGGGUUCGGAUGCGGAACAAAUUUUUAGCCAGUUCCAUAGUUUCCGCGAAGGUAGGUGUCGAGGUUACGGAGGUUAUUCUGGAAAUAUCGAAUGUAUUCUGUCGACAUUUCAUGCUAAGAGCACAGUGAGUUUGUGAUCGGAUAAUCGAUAUCAGUGCAGAAUAAAGGUGUCAAAAAGUGUAGUGCGUCAAUAUGAAUUGAUUCGGGUUCAAACGAGAGAACUGACUUUUCUUUUGUUGUGUUCACAAUCGCAGAACUAUUCGUAAGUUGCCUUGUGUCAGCAUUUCGAACCCGUAAACAAUGACGACUACCCGCUGGGACAAAUUCUUGCUGUUGCUGUGGAAAAACUGGAUCAUCCAGAAGCGACACUAUUUACAAACAUUGUUCGAAAUUCUUAUUCCGGUGUUAUGCUGUUCGAUUCUACUGCUUGUUCGAGGCCUGGUUCAACCGACUCUGGUGGGAAACAGCACAGUUUAUAAUCCUAAGCCAUUGGAUGAUUCGUUGCUAUACAUUAAAUCAGAUUUAGUAUUGGCAUAUUCGCCGCAAAAUCCUCUGUUGGAUGCAAUAGUGGCGGAAACUGCCGUGUCACUAAGCAGUGAAUGGGACAAUUUUACGUAUGUGGGAUUUCCCAAUGCCCGAGCAAUGGAGUCUGCUCUAAUGAAUCAGAAUAUUUUUGUUGGAAUAGAAUUUGACGAUGCGUUGGUGUCCUUAACCACGGACCUUCCGGAGAAGUUGACUUUUGCUCUGAGGUUUCCCGGCGAGUUACGAUUUUCUUCUGGGUUGACCGUCAACUGGCAAACGAGGCUUUUAAUGGUGCCAUUUUCACCCCGUUUGCGAAGUCCCUAUGACAGCGAUGGAGGCGCUCCAAGUUACUUUACUGAAGGAUUUCUGUCGGUUCAAAGUGCUAUCUCGAAGGUAAUCAUUAAGCAGCACUAUCCGACAGCCGAGCUGCCACCGGUGUUUAUUAGCCGUAUUCCCUACCCUCCGUACUACGAUGACAUAAUUUUGGAAGCACUGGAACAGCUGCUGGCCCUGUUCAUUCUGCUGUCGUUUUUCUACCCAUGCAUCGUCAUGGUGAAGCACAUAACAAUCGAAAAGGAACUGCAGCUGAAGGAAGCUAUGAAGAUUAUGGGACUAUCCGGUUGGCUGCACUGGAGUGCGUGGUUCGUGAAAAACAUCCUGCUGCUUAUCAUCUCGAUUUCGAUAAUAACGAUACUAUUUUGUGUUCCUAUCAACAAUGCAUCCAUUUUGGAAUACUCUGACUGGUCAGCCGUCUGGUUAUUCCUGUUCAUCUACAGCAUUGCAACCAUCUGUUUCUGUUUUAUGAUGAGUGUUUUCUUCAACAAAGCCAACAUGGCAGCCGGAAUCGCCGGACUGAUGUGGUUCGUGUUCCAGAUGCCAUUCAAUGUGACAGCGUCGAAUUACGAUGACAUGAGCACCGGGGCCAAACUCGGCUGGAGCUUAUUCUUCAACUCGGGGAUGUCAUACGGCAUCCUGGGUACGGUGCGUAUGGAAGCGAAUCAACAGGGACUGCGGUGGUCCAGCUUGUUCACACCGGCCACCAUCGACGAUGGGUUGAGCGUCGGUUUAGUGUUGGUUAUGCUUCUGGUCGAUGCGUUGAUUUACCUUUUGAUAGCGUUGUACGUCGAACAGGUUAUGCCAGGUGAAUUUGGCGUGGCAAAACCUUGGAAUUUUCUGUUCAAAAGGGAAUACUGGAGGUCAGCGAAAGUAACUGAGCAGGAAUCAGUACGACCAACGAAAAUUCAGCGACAAGUUUCCAGGUAUUUCGAAGAGGAUCCAACUUCGGCACGAGCCGGUGUAGAAAUCAAGAAUCUAAGGAAAGUGUUCAGUGGUGGGAAAGCUGCCGUUGAAGGUUUGAAUCUAAAGAUGUUUGAAGAUCAGAUAACAGUUCUGCUUGGACACAACGGAGCUGGCAAGACAACGACCAUGUCCAUGUUGACCGGUAUGUUUUCCCCUUCGUCGGGAACGGCUUACCUGAACGGACAUGACAUUCGAACGGAUAUUGAAGGAGUACGACAAUCAUUGGGGUUAUGUCCACAGCACAAUGUACUGUUUAAUGAGAUGACUGUCGCAGAGCAUUUGAACUUUUUUGGUAGACUGAAAGGAAUCUCCAAGGCAAACUUAGCAUCGGAGACAGACCAGUACCUGGAAAGAUUGGAAUUGGUAGACAAACGAAACGCACAGUCGCAGACAUUGUCCGGAGGUAUGAAACGAAGACUUGCAGUUGGAAUUGCUCUUUGUGGUGGAUCGAAAGUAGUCUUGCUGGAUGAACCGACUUCGGGAAUGGAUCCAUCAGCGAGACGGGCUCUUUGGGAUUUACUGCAGCGUGAAAAGAAGGGCAGAACGAUGCUUCUGUCAACACAUUUCAUGGAUGAAGCUGAUGUUCUAGGAGAUCGCAUUGCAAUCAUGGCAGAAGGGAUUCUGAAAACUGUAGGAUCGCCCUUCUUCCUCAAGAAAACGUUUGGCGUUGGUUACAGACUUAUCUGUGUGAAAGGACCAAACUGCAACAGAGAAUUGCUCUGCAAUAUUUUGAGACGAUAUAUCCCGGAUGUUCGAAUUGAGACAGAUAUUGGCUCGGAAUUGUCAUUUGUGUUGAAGGAAGAUUACAUAAAACUGUUUCAAUCAAUGUUGGAAGAGCUGGAGACCAAUAUGGAGCAAUGCGGAAUCACUAGCUAUGGAAUUUCGUUGACCACCAUGGAAGAAGUGUUUUUGAAAGCAGGAAGUGAUACUUUACAGGAUACUGUUAACCCCAAUGGAACAACUAUUGAUACUGUCGGUCAGAGCUACACGUUAAACAACAUUCAGCUUCUGAGAGGUGUCCAACUUAUGGUGAAUCAAGUAAAAGCACAAAUCCUGAAGAAGGCCCUAUCUACGAUUCGUUCCUGGAUUCAACUGAUCAUUCGGAACCUAAUACCGGUACUUUUCGUGGUUCUAACAUUUAUUAUAACCCGAUCUAUUGCCGCCGAUGAAGAUCUACCUCCACUGACAAUGACGAUGGACUCCUACAAGAAAACAGUUACCGUAUUGGAAGGCAAUCCCCAAGACCCAAAAGUUAAAUCUUAUCAACAACAGUUUAGAAGCAUUGGAGGUUCACAUCGAUUGGACACAAUCACGGAACCGAUGGUUGAUUACAUCCUCAAACGAUCCGUAGAAUCAAUCUCGGAAGUCAACACCCGUUACAUGGUUGGAGCGACCUUCGCCGAGAACUACACUGCAUGGUUCAACAACAAAGGAUAUCAUACUGCCCCAUUGGCACUGUCUCUGCUGUACAAUGCUGCACUAAACUCAUAUUGUUCAACUUGCGAACUCACCGUAGUCAACAAACCGCUUCCUUUCAAUAUUUCAACUAUGUUCGAGACCUUGAACACCGGAAUCAACAGUGGCUUUCAGUUGGUUUUCAACACGGGAUUUGCCAUGGCGUUCGUGGCUGCUAUGUACAUACUGUUCUACAUUCGUGAGCGGACUUCACGAGCAAAGUUGCUCCAGUACGUGAGUGGAACGAAUAUUUUGCUGUUUUGGGGAGUUGCCUUCGUGUGGGAUCUAGCAAUGUUCAUCGUCACAAGCCUUAUCUACAUCGGAACUCUGGCGGCAUUCCAGGAAGAAGGAUGGUCCUCGUUCAGUGAUCUGGGCAACGUAUUUCUUCUUUUGAUCUUUUUUGGAAUUGCUUUCCUACCCAUGACCUACCUUAUUUCGUUUUUGUUCAAAACCCCUGCAACAGGAUUCGUGAUACUCAUGUUGAUAAACAUUGCUUCCGGGUCGAUUUUCUUCACGGCAGUUGUUCUGCUUAAAUUUGAUGGUUUUGAUCUGCAAGACUUGGCAAAAGGAUUGGAGUGGUUCUUUAUGUUGUUCCCAAAUUUUGCGCUCACUCAUGGACUGAAUAAUAUGAAUCAAGUAGCUAGCUCCAAAUUAUUCUGCGAGAAGCAAUGCGAUUUGCUACCAGACUGCACAUUAGAAAUGAUGUGCAAAAUGAAUGGGCAAUGUUGCAUACAAGAACUGUAUUCUUUUGACGAGCUUGGCAUUAUUCGACAUCUACUAACGCUGACUAUCGUUGGUUUGUUGGCGUUUAUGUUGAUUCUAGCGUUCGAAUACAGAUUCGUUGCGAGAUUGAUGCAGAAAUUCCGGAAACCCAGAAAUCAACUUUUGAUGCAAUCGGAUACCGGGGUAGACUCGGAUGUUUUAGCGGAGAAGAAACGAGUUCAGAUGAUGUCAGUGGCAGAGUUGAGCAAUCACAACUUGGUAAUGAAGGAUCUUACCAAAUACUAUAAGAGUUUAUUGGCAGUGAAUCAACUGUCGGUAGCAAUUGAUCGUGCCGAGUGCUUUGGACUUCUAGGAAUUAAUGGAGCCGGGAAAACGACCACCUUUAAGAUGAUGACGGGCGAUGAGAGCUUUACAUCCGGAGGGGCAUGGGUUAUAGGAAUUAGUAUAAAGUCUAACAUGAGUACUGUUUAUCAAAACAUUGGUUACUGUCCGCAGUUUGAUGCCCUUCUCGAGGAUCUUACCGGUAGAGAAACUCUGAAAAUCUAUGCUCUGCUACGAGGUGUCCGCAUUGAAGAUGUUUCGAAUGUUUCGGUUACAUUGGCAGAAGAUUUGAACUUCAUGAAACACAUCGACAAAAAAGCCAAGGAAUACAGCGGUGGUAACAAACGAAAGUUAAGUACGGCUUUGGCAUUGAUGGGUAAUCCGUCGGUGAUUUAUUUGGAUGAACCGACAACGGGAAUGGAUCCCGGGGCCAAGCGACAAUUCUGGGAUAUGAUCAGCAAGGUUCGAAGCGCAGGAAAGUCGAUCGUACUGACGUCACACAGCAUGGAAGAAUGCGAGGCUUUGUGCACCCGUUUGGCAAUUAUGGUGAACGGAGAGUUCAAGUGUUUGGGGUCAACGCAACAUUUGAAGAAUAAGUUUUCCAAAGGCUUCCUGUUGACAGUUAAGAUUAGGAAGUCGGUAGAUGGAACACUGCAACAGCAGGCGGUGGAAGCCGUGAAAGCGUUUGUACUGUUAACGUUUAAUGGAGCCGUGUUGAAGGAACAAUAUCAGGAUUCCUUAAGCUUCCACGUACCACAGACGAAUCUUAAGUGGUCGCAAAUGUUCGGUUUGAUGGAAUCCCAGAAGCAGCGUUUGGGUAUUGAAGAUUACGCUUUGGGACAAACCUCACUGGAGCAGGUGUUUUUGUUCUUCACUAAAUACCAAAGAAUAGUAUGAAAAGUGCUUGUCGGGUAAUUUCAAUUCUUGUUUGACAACUUUUAUCAAUUUAGUUAUGAUGAUCGGGAACAUAUUAAUAAAACCCUAAAAUAAAGUAGUCAAAUUGUUCUCAUUAUCAUCGUUUGAUCAUGAGGAAUCAUUUAUACCGUUGCACAGUGGUCCCAAUCAUGUCAAAACAACGUUAAUUCAUUUACAUUUCCGGGCUUGAUUUCUGAGCUCUCAUGUCUUCAGAAAAAUUUCUGUUUGAUAUAGUCCGCUGCUUUUAAUAUAAUGAAAGUUGUCAUUAAUCCAUCCACAAUUGUGUUAAAAAAUAUUUUGCAUACAAUACG